AAUCUUAUAAUAUAAAGUUUUAUAUAUACAUAAAAGAACUUGGAUUUCGAUACUCUUGAUGAUAAUCCAAUAAUGAAAGGGAAAGGCACAAUAGAGAAAGAGAACAGUCUUUUAUGGCUGGUGAAGGCUCCUUUCCGGUUAUUGAUCCUGGCACGUGACGCCUACAUCCGUAGCAUCACGUCAUGCUCCGGCGUCGGAAUCCUUACCGCCGGUGGAUCCUCUGGUUUUGGUCAACUCGCCGGAAACUUCCAAAUCCCCGAAGCACCUAGCACAGCACUCCCCCGGUGCUUUACCUUGACGUCCACGGCAGAUGAUCAAGGCUGUCCGAGACAACCUGAGAUGGCAAUGAGACAAUCGGUGUGGUUGGAUCAUCGGAGGAACUAUAGAUGCGUCGUUGUGAUGCGAAGAAUCGAUGAGGAGAUUCCUUUUGAUGAUGAGUUUCAAGAAGAAGAAUCAUUUCUUGAUUAUGGUAAAUACUAAAUUCUUACAGAAAACAAAUAGAGAAAGCAUCUGUUGACUACAAAAAAACACGUCAUCAGAAAGGUUUUAAUUUCUUGGUUAUAUUUAGUUUAUUGCGUUGUUGUGCUAAGUGAUAAAAUAUGGAUCUACUAGGCGUAUAUCUCAGUUCAGUGUCAUGAAUCACAAUGCUGUUAGGUUCUUUCGUUGUGAAAGUAGAUAUUGCAACUGUCUCAUGAAUGAGUUUACAACAAAA